AGCUCCGCAGCCCAGAAGCGCCGAGUUCUUUAUGUGAGCGCAGAGUGUGCGGUCGGCCGGCCAGCUGGGUGGAUGGAGGUCUGGGCACAAAGUCUUAGUUAACGUCCGUGCUGUGAUCUGCUUGCCGUGUUGAGUAUUUGGGAGUGGACUCACGCUUUAACAGCAGCUUGUCUGAGGGAAUUUCAAGGAAAGCAAGCAUGGCUGAAGCAUCAUCAAGCAGCGAGAGCAGUUCUUACAGCGUACUUACCUGGGACCAGGUGAGCCGCUUGAAUGAGGUGCUGACCGAGGCGGUUCCUGUCCAUGGCCGCGGCAACUUUCCCACCCUGGAGGUGCGGCUGAAGGACAUUGUGCAGAUGGUGCGUAACCGUCUGGAGCAGAGGGACAUUAAAGUCAAAGACAUUCGCCUAAAUGGCUCCACAGCCAGCCAUGUGCUGGUGAAAGACAUUGGAUGGAGCUACAAAGAUCUGGACAUCAUCUUCAGGGUUGACCUCCCCCAAGAAGCACAGUUCCAACUCAUCAAAGAUGUGGUGCUGGGCACUUUGUUGGACUUUCUGCCAGAGGGGGUGAACAAGGAGAAAAUCACACCCAUGACCCUGAAGGAGGCUUAUGUGCAGAAACUGGUCAAGGUCUACACCGAGCAGGACCGCUGGUCACUCAUUUCUCUGUCCAACAACAACGGCCGCAAUGUGGAGCUCAAGUUUGUGGAUUCGAUCCGCAGGCAGUUUGAGUUCAGUGUGGACUCUUUCCAGAUCAUUUUGGACUCCCUGCUGUCAUAUUAUGACUUCUCAGAAAACCCCAUGUCUCAGCAUUUCCACCCCACUGUGGUAGGAGAGAGCAUGUAUGGUGACUUUACUGUUUCUCUAGAUCACCUCAGGAACAAGCUGAUUGCUACCAAAAGGCCAGAGGAGAUCCGUGGUGGUGGGUUGCUGAAAUACUGUAACCUCCUGGUGAGGGACUUCAGACCCACUGAUGAGGAGGAGUUCAAAGCCCUUGAGCGAUACAUGUGCUCUCGGUUUUUCAUCGAUUUUCCUGACAUCGGCGAGCAGCAGAGGAAACUGGAGGCCUACCUGCAGAGUCACUUUGUGGGUGAAGAGAAGAGCAAAUAUGACUACCUCAUGAUCCUGCGACGGGUCGUGAAUGAGAGUACGGUGUGUCUCAUGGGACACGAAAGAAGGCAGACACUCAACCUCAUCUCACUCACAGCUUUCCGGGUGUUGGCAGAACAGAAUGCCAUACCAGAUGCAUCCAGUGUCACCUGCUACUACCAGCCAGCGCCUUAUGUCAGAGACUUGAACUUCAGCAACUACUAUGUGGCCUCUUGUAACCAGUCCAUUCCAACAUGGCUGCCGUGUAACUAAGACACUCAACAGAAGAUGCUUUGUUAAUGGGAGAGGGGGCGAAUGGUACUUCCCCACGUGAGCAUAAAGAUAAAGUAUAUAUUUAAAAAGA